AUGUCCAAGAGGGCCGGAGAAGUUGAAGAUCAAAAUGAUACCAAGAAGCUGAAUCCUCAGCUAGCAGAUCCGAUCAACAUAACGAAGUGGAUCGAAGACAACAAAAGCUCAUUUCUCCCGCCAGUAUGCAACAAGAUGAUGUGAGUAGUCCUCAAGUCAGCGUAACUACAGCAUCAUGUUAUUUUUAGGCGCAAACUUGAAUGUUAAGAAAUUUAUCUUUGAUUUCAGGGUAUCCUUAAGAAUUUCUUUGAUUCGCUGGAUACAUUUUAUGUUAUCCCAAAUAUUGUUUAAGUUAAUCCUAAAUACUUAGGCAAGUUUUAAUUCAGUUUACGGUCAAUUUUUCGAAUGUACCGAGCAGAAUGUAUGCUUUAAUUAUACCUAAGCUUUGAUAUGUACAUGCUCCCUCUAUCAUUUCUCCAAAAUUCAAUGAAAUAAUUUGACAAAUAUGUCUGAAAAAAGUGGUAUGAUACAGCAGGACUGCUUUGCAAACAUGCUUUUCACAUGUCCAAUAUACACAUUUUUUAUGCUGGCGGCAAUAUCAGAGAGAGCUUAUGUGAUCAACACAGAAAAUGUAAGGAUAUAUUGCAUUUUUAGCGGUCGGAAAAGACAUCUGCUAAUUAACAGAAAUUAUAUCCUAAACUGCCCCACCGGGAUUUUUUGAUAAUUGAAUGGAUUAACACUUUGUUAUUUCUUUUAGCUAAUUAUAAAUAUUGAUACAGCACCAUGUAGGCAUUAUUAGUUUGUGUUACUUUAUUGUAUUGACUAGUGAGCCGUGCACACCUAGGCAAGCAGACUCUGUCUGUACCCAGACUCCUUUGCUCUGUGGACGUUGUUCCCGCCAUUUUGUUCAGAUUUUGUUCUGUUGUUUCCAUUUACCUUAUUGACUGGCGCGGCAAUUUAUCAUGAUCAAUUUUAAUUGUGUGUGUCCAACGGGUGUGUCUGGGGAAUGGGGAUCUAAAAUGGGUAUAGGAACAUAGGUGGAUUAAAAUAACCAUAGGAUACCUCAGAGCAUUAAUGACUAAUAAUAAUAAUAAUGUUCUUCCAGCUUCAGUCCCUGAAACAUCAUUGCAACAUAGCUGUACAAAAAUCUCUCCUACCAUUAUGUAUUUCAGACUACUUACAAAUGGACAGACUUAGAACUGUGGGACUUUGCAUUUUGUAGUUGUCUCCCUCACAGCCAUUUUAACCCUUUUAACUCCCGAGGGUGACAAACACCAAUUUUCUCCCAACAAAGUCAAUACACAAUUAAGAGAAAAAGUUGUGAGCAUUGAUAAAAUGAUCACCAAAAUAAAAUGCUUUGAUCUUUUAUCAAAUUCUCUCAACGUAUUCUUUAUGGAAAAGUAUAGAGACCAGUUUGGAGAAUUUGUAUGUGGAUAUUGGGGCUUAAAGGGUUAAUGUAGUCACUCAAUGCUUCUAUGGGAAGGUGUGUUGGAUAAUGAUGCUACAAUGGCUGCAAGGGAGAUUUUGCAGACGUGGGUUCAAUGGAAAGACAAGCAGUCUGGCCCCAGCUGUUCAAAUGGUGGAUAACGCUAUCUACUGAAUAAAUCUCUACCCAGUGAUUUUUCUGGUGGAUAGUGAGUGCUAUUCAGGAUUUGAACAACUGGGCCCUGUAGGGCUAAGUGGGUACGUAAUAAAGGAACUCUGCAACUAAGUACUGCAGGGAAGGUUCCGGGACAAAUUUACAUGUUGUAGUAGUGGAUUGGGAAGCAUGUCACCACCUUUAGAACAGCCCGCGCACAAAAAAAAUUGUUUUUAAGGGACAGAAAAUAACUGCAAUUAAUUAAUACUGACAGAUGUUUUACUUUGGUAGAAUAUUGUUUUCUAGCUAGUUCAGUAGCCACAAGAAAGAUAGGAGACACUUUAAAACAUUGAGCAUUGCUUGGAGUCCUCAGUGCACAAUCUUGCACUGAAAUGAAUAAGUAAAUAAAUAAAGUCAGUCAAUGGAACAAACCUGCUAGGUUAGCAUGUUGUUGUUCAAGGUCUUAAUGUGUCUUAAAAAACACAUUAUUGAGGACAAAUGAACAAAGAUAAUAUAUUGAAUGAGCUACUUGGUGAAAUAAUAUUAUUUAUUUCCACGGUGUUUUACCUAAACCAUUAACUUUAUAAAUUAUGCGUUUUCUGUUUCUUAGGUAUGAUGCAGGGCAACUUAAGAUUAUGUGUGUAGGCGGGCCAAAUGUAAGAAAAGAUUAUCACAUUGAUGAGGGAGAGGAGGUAAUGAACUACCAGUUUAUUAACCUUUUAAGUCCCAAUAGUGACCAACAUCAAUUUUCUCCUAACAAUAUCCAUAGAUUGUCAAGUGCAACAUCUAUGAGAAUUAAUCAAAUGAUCACAAAGAGUAAAAUCUCUGAUCUUUUAUAAAUUUCUCCCAACUAAUUCUGUAAGGAAGCGUAUAGAGAUCGGUUUGGAGAAUUUGUAUGUAGAUACUGGGGAUUAAGGGUUAAGUCAUGUAUUUUAAUACUAGUAAUUGAAGUAAAAUGUACAAAUUUGAGGCAAGUUAAAAAUCGUUUUAAACCGUUCAAUUAAUUCUUUAGCAAAGCUUCAACUUGCAGCUUUAAAGUUUAAAUUGUUUGGUGUCUAUUAUUUGUCGCCUAAUAGUAGUUGUAGGUCAAAAUAAAAUUCAGGUCAAAGGGGUUUCAGCUUAGUCCUUUGUGUCCAAACUCUAAUUUUAUUGUUCAUUUAUAAUAUUAUAAUCAAAGCUAUCAAUGUUCUUAUUCAUGUAGUAAUUAGGGCUAAGAGACAAUGAAAAUUUAUAAUCAAACUAGACUGAACCAUUUUAACCUUAAUUUCUUUGACCUACCGCAUACAUUAAUUGUAACAUACUAUUAAAAUAAUUAGCACUUUUUGUAACCAAUAUACUUGAAGCUCAUAAUUAUUAAACUUUAAGAACAGCUCCGGAUGUAUGUCUGCUGUAGUCAUAUUACAAUCAGCACACUCUUUGGGGUCUGUCUUCAACAAAAUUUCCUGAAUUUAAAGACACUUUACUCUUUAUUGACAAUGUACUUCUAGAUCAUCUUCAACAACUGUUAUGUGCUGAUCAAUAAAUUUAAAAAAGAUAAUCAGGAAUUUUUUUGCAGGGACAUGUAAAAUCAAUAUUUAUUGCUUUGUUGAUAUUUAUCUCAUUAAAUUUUAAUAAUAUUAUUAUUGAAUCUCUUGUUAGUUUUUUUCAAUGAUCAAAGGAGAUAUGUGCUUGAAGAUUAUUGAGAAAGGGAAGCCAAAAGAUGUGAUAAUAAAAGAAGGAGAGGUAAUGUGAAUUCCAUCUAUGGUAUGUGGGGUUUUAUCUGGAACACAGUUGGAACACACUAGUGCAGGGUGACGAGUCACAAAGACAAUUAAAUCACUUCUUGUAUGCUGAAGAAUUUGUCACCAUGAAAAGGUGUAUAAAAUGAAAUCAGUUUGAAUUUGUGCAGCUUGCUGCAUACCAGGGUUGUCAUUAGGAGCUGGGGAUUUUCCCUGGCUACUGAGAGAGUGGCCCCCAGCUACUUUUAUUGGAAAAUAGAAGAAAAAUAGAACCAAAAGAAAUCUCUAGCCGUUUGAUUCUCCACCUACUUGUUGUAUUUACACGGCAACUUGAAAUCUUAGUGACAACCCUGGCAUACAUAUUUUGUAAAAUAAGUGGCAGUAAAAGAGUGAUGUGGGUUAGACACUAGACACUGUGCUCAUUACCAGCAACAGUUGUUGCUGUUAAAAGAAAGGAGUAUAUAGCGAGAGAGUUCCUCUGGCAGGAUAAUAUGCUGAGGAUUUGCUGAGCUGAUUUUUUGAAUGUCCUUUUGCCUAGGUAUUUGUACUUCCAAGCAGAAUACCACAUUCUCCUCAGCGUAAAGAAGAUACAGUUGGUCUGGUAAUGAACCUCGUUAAAUUUAUUAAAUCAGCAAUAUGCAUUAAUUAUUAUAUUAAACCCAUCAACAAUGCAUGGGUGUAGGGAAGGUGCCUGGACAAACUGAGGGAGCCGCAAAUGAGAGCAGGAAUCUCGGUGGAGAAUUUUGCAGGAUACUUACCAAAGGACAUCCAGAGGGAAGGGGGGACUGGGAACAAAAACAGCUAAAGCUACUGCACACUAAGGCAACUUGAGUGAAAAGAUUGAUCUCAGAAAAAGUUAUGUAAAAAUAUUAACAAAGCCCUGAAAAUGCUCAAGACUACCCUAUAUGAUAAGUUAUGUAGACCACUGGCCAGAGUUGUCUCGUGUUUAACCUCACCUAAAUGACAUCUAGCCAUAUAAUUUUCUUGGGGUAUUUUUUGUUUGUAUUUUUCUUGUUUUGGUUGUUAUUGUGCAGCAUCCAGUAUUACCAUACUCUGCCCAUUAUCCUCUCCAGAGUAGUUUUGAUUGUAAUCAAUGAUUUGCGCUUUGAUCACAACAUGUUGUGUGUCAUAAACAAUUUACUGUUACAGUGACUCACAUUGUAAAGAACCUAAAUUUCUCAGAUGAGCACUUUUUCCUUAGGUUAUUGAACGUGAGCGACUACCUGAGGAAUCAGAUGGAUUAAGGUGAGAAAGAGAGUGAUUUGGAACAGGUUGUUUGAGGGUUGGAAGUGAUAAACUUGAAGUCACUAUUUUGUAUGCUCCUUUAAUUCAGUUGGUAUCAUCUUGAAAGCAUAGUUGGUUAUGCCAAUACCACAAAAUAUUAAUUUGCUUCUGAAUCCUAUCAGAACAAGGAAAGAAAAGAUUAAAAAGCUGAUUAUUUGAGCCAAGUGGCCAAUCAGGUGGGGGCUAAUCUUGGUUUACACAGCAUGUAGAGAGGAAAAUUAGUAAGCUGCAGUGUUUACUAGAGGCUUUGACUGGCAAGUACCUUGUUCAUAAUUUGCCCUAGCCAGCUGAAUCAGGCCUCUAUUGACAACAAUUUUCAUGAUUUAAUUAUUGCAGAGCUCAGUGGGAGGUGCAGACAGUUACCUGCGUGUCCUGAGUGGGGAGGGUGAAAGUCUUGGUACUAAGGACAUACUUAGCAUAUGACCUGUAGACACUCACUGAAGCCAUGUUUACAUAAAUUCAGUCACUGUGUUGCUUUUUGUUAUCAAGUCUUGAAUAAAACCAGGAGUCAGGUCAUGUGUCAGAUAAUUUUCAGCUACUGUAGAACUCCGGUGACUCGAACUUUGAAGGGAAACCAAAAAAUGUUUGAGUUAGCAGGAAAUUCGAGUUAUCGGGUAAAUUUCAGUGAAAUUUUGAUCAGGGGAAUUAAGGAAAUUUAGUUUGAGUCAACAGGGAAUUCAAGUUGUCCAAGUUACCAAGGUUCUACUGUAUUAAUAUUACUGUACUGAGUUAAAUAUUGUAUAAAAUUACUUUUAUUUGUCAGGUACUUCUGUGAGGAUGGAAUGACACCUCUUUGGGAAAAAUGGUUCCACUGUGAAGAUCUUGGCACUCAGCUACCUCCAAUUAUCAAAGAGUAAGUUUGAAUACAUUGUGUUAAGCCAAUAGCCUUGUUUCUAGUCUGUGGCAGAAAAGAGGGGGUUGGUACCCUCGCCUUGUUCACUCCCCACCCCCAACCACAUUUUGGAAAAGAAAGAUUUGGAUGGCUGCUUUUUUAAAUUCUAACUGAAAUGUUUGUAAAUCUUUGAGUCCUGUUGCCUUAGCUGAGAGGUUAAGGGCUUGUCACUUCUAUAACUUACUGUUAUGCAAAAGUCCAUAGUUGUCCAAUACUCCAAAAAAUUUAUUCAUGACUUUGGUAAAUUUCUCAUUGUUUUGCUUUGUUCUUUAUUGUUGUCAUUGCUUUUGUGCAGUAUUGUAAUGUGAAGACAAUUAAUACAAUACAAUGCCAGGCAUAAAUUUGUCAGAGUAUUGGACAAGUUCCCUUCAAAAGUCCAGUGGAAGGCACUGAGAAAAAUAUCAUAACAGUCUUGUUAAUUUCUUUUUAAAUGAUAUAUUUUUUAUUACGAUUUCUGUUAAGGAUUGUAUCACUCUGUGUUUUGUCAUGAUUUUUUUCCAGUUACUUUUCAUCCAAGGCAUACAAAACUGGAAUCCCAGACCCUGGUAUGCUUAUUUUAUAAUAUAUAAUGUCUUCAUGUUAAACCAUAAGAAAAAAUUUUAACCUGGUUUUAGCCAGGCACCCAGUACAUUAUCAGGGUUUGAGCUAGGAUUUGAUCACUGGGGGACAAUUUGUCCCCUUGGCUAAAAUUUUGGGGGACAUUUUCAUUUUUAGGGGGACAGAAAUUUGUACACCCUUCCUUCUUAGCAGGGCUUCUGAUAGGUCUCGGACGAAAAAGUCAAAUUUCGCGGGAUUUUUAGGGACAAAUUCGCAGAGAAAUCGGCCGAUUUCGCGGGAGUUUUCGGGGCAAACUUCACCGAAAAGCAAUCGGUAAAAAACGGCCGAUUUUGUGGUUAUUUUCAAGGCAAAUUUUGCUAGAAAUCGAUUGGUUUUGCACUGAUCAGACCAGCCUUUUUAACGUUUUUCUAACAGAGGUCAUCAUUUGCUCUUUCAACAACAAUACGCUCCAGAAAUGAACCAAUGGCAAAGCCUUUAACAUGAUGGCUAGUGUCCAGUUUUUUGCAACAUAAUCUGUUUGCACGUUUCAGUGACAAAGUUCCAAGAUAAAUUUGCAAGUUUACGGCAAGUAAAUAGCUCCUAUAGCUGAAAUUUCAAAUAUGUUGUACAGACAUGUAUUUGAUAAGAUACCAAAUGUCGCGGUAUUUUUCGUGUUUUUGUGAAUUUCGCGGCUCCGCGACCACGCGAAAAAUCAGAAGCCCUGUCUUAGAUUUCCGAAAAAAAUAGCCGUACAGCAUGACUGAAACGUAACUUUGGAAUGAACUUUAAAGGUGCGAUAAAAUAUACUUUCCACGUUCUGUUUCAGCUUGCAACUUCUGUACCGAAAUAAAUCUUUUCGUGUGUGCUUCCUUUCGAGUUUUUUCCCUAAAUUUUGAAGAGGACAAAUUGUCCCCUUGGCCGUUUUUUAAAGGGACAAUUCCAAUUACAGUGCGGGAUUGGCGCAAUGGCGCGGCCUGGCUCAAACCCUGCAUUAUACUAUUUUGUUGUGCCUGGUCCCUUGAAAAAUAAUUGAUGCUAGGAGGGACAUAAGAGGUGGCCUUGGUGUAAGGAUGCUCUUGGUAAACUUGACUUUGUGUGCUUAAUUUAACCCACAGAAAAUAUUGCAAAGGACCCUCCUGUCAAAGUUGACCUUACAACAGCAGUUGAUAACCCCUUUUCCUUGAAAGAGGUUUGUGAUCAACCAACCAAAGGAAAUUUGUUCUUAACUAUUUGAUGUACUUCUGUGAAUUUGUAAUUAUGUGAUCUGAAUUUCAUUUUAUUCCAGUGGAUUGCUGAAAACAAAGGUGAAAUUGAAUGUGGAACUAAAGAAUUGUUUGGGAAAGGAGAAUUCAAGGUACAAUAAACCAAGUGAAUUUGUAUGUGUAAUCAAUGGUGAAGAGUAAGGGCUCAGGAAAUUAUUACGAUUUGGACAAAACACUAGUGAAAUUAUUCCUAAAUUUCACAAGUAUACCAUUUGAUUACCUAUUAAUAUCGCGUAGUUACUAAAACAUGGAACCACCUACAACCACCUACAACCACCUCAAAAAAAUCUACAACCACCUACAACCAUCUACAACCACCUCAAAAAAAUCUACAACCACUCGCAAACAACCUAAAACCAUCUAAAACAAGGUAUAAAUGUAUCAAAUAAGGCGAGACGACAACAUGUCACGUACAUGAAAUACGAGAAUCGAACAAAACAUCCACCUCCCCCCAAAAUCUUACUCUCCCUGGUCCCCUGUUCCCUUGUAUCAUCAACCAUUAAGCUUAACACAAAACUUCCACCGCACUGUCCUUUUAUGUUGGGAGGGCUGGAAUAUAAGUUUGAUUUUGUUUCCUCUCUCUUGUGAAACUCAUCGACAAUUUGAUUAUAAUUUAAGCAACAACUGAUGGUUUGUGAUUUUUAAUUGUUUUAAAAUCAUGUUUCAAAUGUCACAGUACCAGUGAUUACAUAUGGUGCGAAAUCUGGAAUAUGUCUGGAAAAUUUCAUUUAGAAUCUCAGUAAGAAAUAAGCGUUGACAGGCCAAACACGACUCAUAAGCUCGUGAUAAUGUGAAACGUCACCUUGAGAGUCUGCUUGAACAGUGGUUCUCUUUCUUUUUUCUCUCGCGCGAAGGUUACUAGCACUACACAGUGCAAGACGUGAAGCAUUCUAAACUUUGACUGAGUAAAUCUUGUUUUUGCCGCACUAAGUCUUAUAUUUAGAGGUCAUGAAGCAGAUUUGUUACAUGCAUACUGAGUAAUCAUUUCCUGUGGCUUAUGCUUCUGUACUAGGUGUCCCUUUAAGUCUUUUAAUAUAAUUAGCAUGAUCUCGCAUUUCAUUUCGUGACUUAAGCCAAAGGUUGAUGAUAGAAGGGACCAGGGAGAGAAAGAUUUUGGGGGGAGGUGGAUGUUUUGUUCGAUUCUCGUAUUUCAUGUACGUGACAUGUUGUCGUCUCGCCUUAUUUGAUACAUUUAUACCUUGUUUUAGAUGGUUUUAGGUUGUUUGCGAGUGGUUGUAGAUUUUUUUGAGGUGGUUGUAGAUGGUUGUAGGUGGUUGUAGAUUUUUUUGAGGUGGUUGUAGGUGGUUGUAGGUGGUUUUAGGUGGUUGUAGGUCGUUCCAUGUUUUAGUAACUACGAUUAAUAUCGUGGGUGACGAAUUACAUUAGGAAGCGAGGAUUUUUGACAUGUUUAUCCUGGAUCAUAUCGAUUGACACUCUCACUGUCAGCAUGGCUUAAGUUGAAAAUUUGCAGAAUUUUCUGACAAAAUACCUGCAAGAAUCCUUCUUGAUGUGCUCUUUUGUGUGCUUAGGUUUUCCUAUUAUCAAAGCAUCUUGUACCCUGACAUCUUCGAGUGCCCUUGUAGAACCAGACAUAUGCAAAACCUAUGCUCAUGCUAUUUGUUUACUAUGUUGGACUAUGUUUCAGCUAUGUUAUGUUCACUACGGCCUAUGUAUUAACUAUGUAACACACCAAACAACAUAGUCCAAAGUAUGCAAAAUCUAUGUUGAAACUAUGUUUAGGCUAUUCGAAAAGCACAUAGCUUUUGAAUACCUAUGCAAAUACUAUUCAAAAUCUUUUCAUAGUCUUGACAUAGCUAUGUAUUUACUAUGCAAUAGAAAGUUCUGCUUUUCCUUCCGAUUAGCAUCCUAUGUAUUCACUAUGCAUAAAAGUAAAAUAGCUUUUACAUAGCAUUUCGAUCUUCACUUUUAUUUCCAACAAGUUUCUUAGCUUUUACAUAGUGCUAUGUAUAUUCUAUGCUAUGUGAUGAAACAUAUUUGCAGCCUAUGUAUUCACUAUGUGACAUUUUCAUUUAGCUUUAUCAUGAGAUAAAGGCUACAUAGCUUUUACAUAAACAUAUUUUUUCCUAUGUCACUCAUAUGAAAAAUAUAUGUAGUCUAUGCGUUUCCUAUGUGAUAUUCCAACAUAGCUUUUAAGUGACUAGGCAUGUUGAUAGUAGCGCUUACAGAAGGCUAAGCAUACUUCCAAAGUAAAAAGCAGUGUUUUAAACUAAAACACUGAAAAAUCAUGUACUACAAUUUUUUUUUGUGCUUGAAGAUAGUUUCUUAGUGAGAAGACUUUUGUUAAGCAUUGAAUCGCUACAUCCAUCAUCCCUGUCUUAACUUUCCUUUCUAGCUUUUCCCUAGAGUUCUUCACUUGAAAUGAUACUUCCAUGCAUCAUUUUCUUCUUUUACAUUGGGUUCGAUCCUUCGUCUUGAUUGUGGACGUCUCCUGAAUAUAACUGCAUGGUCAAAACUGCGAAACGCUACCUGCCUCGGUGGAUGUUUGUCAGCCAUUUUGUUUCCACUAGUUCCCAGGGAAGCCCGUGAGUUCAACACAUGCGUAUUUUGCGUUUUAUCGUCACGUGGGCCUUUUCAACCAAUGAAAAGGUGUGAAAAUUGUCUGUUUCCACGCGGGCGCUUUCAAGUCAAAGAAGACGAGCUGUAAGCGUGCGUUUUUACAAGAAGACGCUUCUUUUUACUUCAAUUUACAGUCUUUUUCCUGCCAGGUUCAACAAAAAGUAUUCCUAACGUUGGUAAGUGAUGUUUUUCUCAAUUAAGUUUCGAUUUGCCUGUGUUGUCUCCCCUUUUCGCGUAUCUGAACAAGGAUCGGUCGAUCACGCUUUGAUACUCCUUCGUUUCAAUUCUAAAACGUCAGGUUGUUUUUAUGUUCAUUUGCCUUAAAAUCUCCACUUUUCUGUUUGCAGACACUUAUUCGUUGCAGUCAAAAGGAAACUGUAUGGCACUGAAGAGCACGACAUCAGCAAAAAGUGUACACGAUAAGCAAACUUAAACUUGGGGUUUCGAUUCUGAAACCUCCAUGAAAAUACUGCAUUUGUGUUACUAUUAGUGUUCGUGGUAUUAUAUUGCCAUAGUUUUUCAAUUUUUCGUUUCAAAACCUAUUUCUUACCAAUGUAAAAGGUAUUCUAGUUCAUAUUUUUAUACUAUUUUUACUAUUUUGGUGAUUUUUACGAACGUAUUUUAAACACUACAUUUGCUUAAGCAGAUCGAAACCAACAUACAUAAGAGACUAUGUCAAUUCUAUGUAAUUUCUGUUUGAACUCUAGUUAAAGCUUGUGUAUGUGAUAUGUUUUACCUAUUCAAAUACUAUUAAAAUCCUAUUUCAAACCUAUGCAAAGACUAUUUGUUCUGUGUUUUCCCUAUUUUAAUGCUAUGCAAAGUAUAUGUCACCUUUAAAAAGGCUAUGUUUUUCAUAUGUUUUUUCUAUUUCUAGGCUAUCUAAAUUCUAAGCAAACCCUAUGCAAAAGCUAUUUAAUCAACUGUUCCCUGUUCAAUUUUACUAUGUAAACUCUAUUUCAGUCCUAUGUGAAGGCUAUUUAUUUUCUAUGAUUUUUCUAUGAGGUUGACUAUGAAGUCUAAAAUCUCUUUCCACAAGCUAAGUAAACUGUAUGUAUAGGCUAUGUGGAAACUAUGUCAUUUCUUCCUUUAUUCCUACCUUUAAAAACUGCAUAACUUUUAAAUAGGUUCCGUUUGACUAGCGAAAACAUAGCAUUUUCGAUACAAAAAACAUAGUCCUGGCAUAGAAACAACAUAGGAUCUGGUUAAAGCAAUGUAAGAGUGAUUAACAUAGGUUUUGCAUAGCUUUGUGACAUAGCAUUUGCAUAGAUUCUACAUAGUGUCUGAUUCUACAAGGGUGUUGUUCAACAUGAGAAGAGGAAUUUGUUAUUUCCAAGCAGCCAUAAACAUAAUGUUCUUAUUUAUCAAGUAAACACCAAUGCAAUACCAAAAUAUUUCACUGAAACAGUUUUUGGUUGCAAAAAGCUUGAGUUAUGAUGUAACCAUGGCAAUGGUGAUCUUUUCACAUGUGUAAAUAACAAUGUAACUUUCAUGUGGGAAGAUAUCAUGUUUUUGCACAGAAGCUCACCUGAUACUUCACUGAUGAUGUUUAUACAGUAAAUUACACUUAUUUUACUAAAUAGCAAAUUCUUUAAUGAGAACCUUGAACCUAUUUUCUCAUUUUCUUAGAUUUUCAUACAUGGUGAAGGCGAACAGUCUAGCGAAUGGGAAGGGGAAACAUGGCUUUAUCAAAUAGUAAGUUUAAGAAUGAAUGUCAUUGGACUCAUGGGACUUUGAUAACAGUAAUCAUCAAAAUAAUUCAUACUUUUAUACACUUAACUCAUGGGUGGAUCCAGGAUUUUUCUUAGGAAGGGGUGCACCACUAAGACAUGGCAUAACUAACUGGUGACGUAAACAAAUUUUAAAAGUGGAUACGAUGGAGAAGGCUUUUGACUAGGCAAUAGCAUAAGGUGAACUGCUGAGAAUACAUGUCAACUGAUACAGCAGAUUUUGUAUAACUGUGAAGCAACUACACAGUGUUGAUAUAUUAGAAAGUGGCAGAUCAUCUCAGGGGAGGGUGUGCACCCCUCUGCACCCUCCCCAUAGAUCUGCCCUCGUAACUGUCUCUUAUAUUAGCAGAUACCUAUCUCCAAGACACUUCUGUAAGAUAAACACCUGGUGUAGGUCCCUUCUCUGCCAUUUUUCUGUCAUUUAACUGUAACUAAACUCUGCAAAAGACAAAAGUACAUUCCUUUGGGAUGGACAGUUCGAAGUGGUUUGAACAGGAUCUGUCUUGGAGAUUUCACGUGACCUAAUCACUUUUUAAUACAGUGGUGUUUCCACAGUUUCUUUCUUCUCAAAGCCUUAUCCCAGAUGGUUCUCCAAAGAUUUACAUCAUGUUUUUUUUCCUUAAUUUAACAGACUACAAUAUUGUUGUUCCUUCUUGAUAACAAAAUGAUCAAGUUUAGCUCUUGCUGUGUGAAUUAACUUCCUGUACGUGGAGUGUGAAUUUUUUUUUUCUUCUUAACUCGGAAUUAUCUGAUAUAGUGGUAAAACAACUACCCCUAGUAAUCAAAAAUAAAGUGUUUAGUACCCCUUUCUGGCAUUUGUCACAAUCCCUGCAAUCUAACAUGGAAACAAGACUUGGGUGAAAAAAAAAAAAAAAAAAAAAAACUGGCAAAAAUGGCACACAACAAGGGUAACAAAUGUCAGCAGACAUUUUACAGGACUCCUUCCUGCAAAACCCAUCAUCAGGAGGGAGGUCCAGGUGCGCAUUGAAACAAAAGUGGUGAACAAAAGACUGUAAAAGAAAUCCUUAAACUAAGGCCCAAACUUAUUGAAGAGAUGUAUGCACAGGUUUGUAGUUGUACUCAAAAUCUGUUAAUUAAGGAGAAAUUUACUUGCCUGCAUGUAGAGCUUGCUAGAAAUAGAUUUUUUGGAUUAUACCCCCCUAAACUUUGCUUUCAUUCUAGAGCAAGUUAUGCUGUUGCUUUGUGACAAAUGCAGUAAGGUCUGUUAAUAAGUCUUUCAUUAAAACCUUGUAGUCACAUACAUGGCCCAAUAACAAAUGGAUUAAAGACAUAUUAAUAAUUUUCUCUUCAGGAAGGAGAUGCAACUGUCACAUUAAAUGGUGAAAGCAAGGAUCUCUGCAAGGAUGAUGUUAUUAUCAUUCCAUCAGCUGCCAAGUUAGUCCUGGCUCAUUUUAUUUACAACUGCUCCUUAGUUAGUUUUCAAUAGCCUGUCACACUAGGUGAUCUUUUCUCGACCAAACCUUUAAAUGCAUAGUCAGCCUACAGUUUAUACAUCAAUGGCUAGAAUUGCUGGCAGGGAUGAAAGUGUGACAUGAAGAAAAUUAUUUAGAAAACAAUCAAACUGCCAACCUUUUUGGUUUCAGCUAAAACUACACCUUUCUUGUGCUUACUCUGUGCUGUUUUUAGCUUCUGCUUUCUCAGUUUGGUUUCAUACUCAUGCAUAAUAUUUCCAGGGACAGAUCAGGAUGACUUAAAGUACAUAGAAACUCAAUAGCUGGCAAACUUUUUUUGUCGGAGAGGGGCAUUAAAUGAUCCGCACCAAACUAUCCCCAAGUUUGUCUUUGUGUAUUCUGCUCUAUCUAAAGAAGUUUCUCUCUUGUAAAUUUUACUGUUUUUUAAAUAUAUAUAUAAAUUAUAUUUUUUUUAUUUUUAGCUUUUAACCAUUCACAUAUUGAAGAGGCAAAUUAAAAAGGAUGCAGAAAUACCCUGAAUAAAUUUUGUUUUGUUAUACAAUAGGUACACAGUUAAGAGAUCCAAGGAUUCCAUUGGUAUGAGUGUGGUUAUGGACCCAAUGGCAAACAAGUGAACACUGCAAUGAACACUUCAGUUUUAUUUAAAAAAAAAAAUGGACACAUUUAAUACACUUUUGAAAACUGAACAACAACAGUGUAGCAUGCAAAAUAAUGUUAUCUUACUUGAUGGGGUUAAAAAAUUUGUAGCCUGCUGUGCGGGGAAUAUUUUUCUGGUAGCAACUGAGCACUAACUUUAGUGGGUGAGUGAUGUGCAAGUGGAAGAGAAGGGGAGACAUGAUCUCGAUUUUCCAACUUUGUUACUAAUAAAUUAAAAGCCUUAUGCCCACACACCAGUCACACCGUCUACAGUGUACUUUCCAGUAUGGUUUCCUGAAAAGCAGGAUCUAGGAUCAGGGAUCCUUGAUCCUCAAUCUUGGUUUUCCAGGAAGCCACUACCAGUCUUUAUAUUUUAUAAUUAAAUUUGGUGACUUCACUCAGGAAAGAUGCAGUGCAAAAAAAGAAACAGAAAAAAAGAAAUGUGCAGCUAGCCCUUCACUGCAGGCUAAGGUAGUAAAACAAAAAAAACUGAUGAUGGUAUAGAGAUCAAACUUGCCUUUUCUCUCCUAGAUCACAUUAUGGAGAGAUUAUUUGUCAACCUCGUUCCCAGGGUUCUCUCCUACCCGCCUUACGGAACGAGGUUGAUUAUUUGUCACUUUAACUUUGAAAUCUGUGCAUGAAAUUGUAUGGUGUUACCAUUCAAAUGAAACCUCUUCAGCAGAACUUAUGGACACCUCUUUAAUGCAGAUACACAUCUGAUCUCUUUUAUGGACAGCUCAGCUGGUCCUAAUGAUGUCAAACAUCAAAUAAUUCACGCCUCUGCAAUAUGGAUACCUCUCUUAUACUGACAGUGAAGUCUGUCCCUUUAAUGUCCAUAUUAAAGGAGGUUUGACAGAAUGAACUAUUUUUUAAUUGUUGGUUUUGGAAUUAGGUUAACAACUGAGUAAAUUUUGUCAAACAUUACCUGGUAAAUAUUUCCAAAUUGUCAAUGUCUUUUGUGACUAGCAGAUGUUUGUAUGAUACUUUUGGAAAACCCCGGUUAUGUGGAAAUAAAGGGUUGUUACUGGUC